GGCAGGAAGCUGGCAGAGGCGGAUGUCCUGUUUGUUUCAAGGGCAAGGAGGGUUUGCUUGUGCAGGUUUCACGUGUGAUAUUCACAGUCUGUCUAAACCCUACAAUAAUUAUAGCUGUCAGAGUCAACGAUUAUGGACAGUUUUGGUUCUGACUUCUCCUCGGGAGCUGCUGGGUCCGGAAAGAUGGACUCGGGCACGAUAAUGGAGCAAGUGAAGGUGCAGAUUGCCGUGGCGAACGCGCAAGAGCUUUUGCAGCGGAUGACAGACAAAUGCUUUAAGAAGUGCGUGGGCAAACCAGGUGGUUCGCUGGACAAUUCGGAGCAGAAAUGCAUCGCCAUGUGUAUGGAUCGCUACAUGGAUGCGUGGAACACCGUCUCCCGGGCUUACAACUCCAGACUGCAGCGGGAGAGAGCGCGCAUUUAACCAUGCAGCCGACCACAGCCCUCCCUGUGUCUCCCGAAAACUGGAGAAAGACUUGAGCAAGGUUUACCAAGCAAGGGGCCGUCUCAUAAUGAACUAGGACACCAACCUGGAUUUGGUAGCCCUUGGUUUUAACUGUGAUUGCUGGCCACUGGCAUCCAGCUGUGUCUUUCGAUCUGUGGCAGUGUAGCUUCCAGCAGAGGAUUGGUAUACCCCUCGAGCUACUUCAGAUCUGUGUUAGGGAAUGUACACCCGCUGACCAGAGGGGCAAAAUGUGCUGCCACCUUUCUGUGUGUUAUUUUCUAGCUUGUUCUUUUUUGUAUUGUCUCCAUGGCUCUUGUUCUCCCUCCCUGUGUCUUUUUGUAGGAAUGUAUGAAGGUCCUGACUUUCCAUUUAUAAAGCAGCUGGAAUGAAAA